AUGGCGGUGAGUGACUUCAGUUUGACCUACCCUGGCAACCCCCAGCCAGGGGACUGAUUGAAGAUUUUUAAGCCCGCUUUACAGAAAACAUGGGCAAUGUUCACUGGGCAGAGUCACUGCAGCUUGCUAACCAGAAUUCUCCUUAUAGAGGGUGUCAUUCCUGCAUCAUUUACAAGCGCCAAGUCUGUAUUCAGCAGAAAGGCCCUGGUGAAGAUGCAGCUCUUGAAGGAUGUUGCAGGCAAUGACACAUAUAGAAUAAACAAUAAGUAUGAUGAAACAUACCCCCCUCUCCCCAUGGAAGAAGUCAUGCAACGGUCAGAGUUUGUUAUUGGACAGGAGGUGGAGUAUGACGUACUGGUCAACAACUGUGAGCAUUUUGUGACUUUGCUUCGCUAUGGAGAAGGAGUUUCAGAGCAGGCCAACAGAGCAAUAAGCACCAUUGGGUUAGUGACAGCUGUUGCUGGAGCCUUCUCAUUCCUGGGCUUGUUUUCAAAAAGACAAAGAGUGAAAUACUAUUAACAAUUUACUGAAGAGAUAUUGGGACUGAAGAAAUCUGUGAGGCGAGGUGGGGCGGGGGGAGGGGGGAAGGAAACACCCUGGGAUGAAUACUUACUUUCAAUGCAUCAUUAUUGUUUCAAACUCCAAUGAUGGAUGGCGGGCUCUUUAAUAAAUUGCUUACUGAUAUUA